AGAUGGCGGCGCCCAGGAGCCGGUGAGAGGACGUGCGGGUUCCCGGGACAGCUGCACCGGUGCGUUAUGGCUGCGUCCCCGCACACCCUUUCCUCGCGCCUCCUCACAGGCUCGGUGGGAGGAUGUGUCUGGUAUCUAGAGAGAAGAGCUCUACCGGAGCUGCCACACAGGGUCACGCAUCUGUUCCGGAGUGUCAGCAGUCAGUGGGUCGUGGUCCAGCAAUUGAGCUUCCUCAAGCGCAUGUAUGUCACACAGCUGCACAGAGGCCUCAGCCAGCGAGUCAAACCCAAACCAGAGCCAGCGGCUUCUCCGUUCCUUGAGCACACAUCUUCACAGCAGGCCAGGGCGGAAGUGGACGAACUGCCAUCUCUCUCAGCACCCGGCCUGCCACUGUCCCAGAAGCCAAAUGAGGAGUUGAUGGAGCUGGAGGCCACCUCCGUAGUGGAGCGUUCUCCUGACAUGGCCAAAGAGACAAAGGAAGAAAAGCAGUGGAAAGAGAUGAAGCUUCACACUGACGAUCUGCCCGGCAUUUUGGCUCGACUGUCCAAGAUCAAACUCACAGUUUUUUGAGGUGCCAUUUGACUCGAACAUGAACAGAACAAAAAACAGGCCUCUGGUUCGUGGACAGAUCAGCCCGCUGCUAGCUGUGUCCUUUGCCACCUGUUGUGCUGUGCCAGGAGUGGCCCUUCUGACCUGGGGAGUGAACCCACUCACAGGGGCCCUGGGGGUCUUCAACAUUUUCCUCUACACCUGUUGUUACACACCGCUGAAGAGAAUCAGCAUCGCCAACACCUGGGUUGGAGCGGUGGUUGGAGCCAUCCCACCUGUCAUGGGCUGGACGGCCGCAACGGGAAGCCUUGAUGCUGGAGCACUUCUUCUGGGAGGGAUCCUGUACUCCUGGCAGUUCCCCCACUUCAACGCUCUGAGCUGGGGCCUCCGUGAAGACUACUCCCGAGGAGGCUACUGCAUGAUGUCCGUCACCCACCCAGCCCUCUGCCGGCGCGUGGCGCUGCGCCAUUGCCUGGCCCUGAUUGCUCUGUCGACUGCUGCCCCCGCCCUGGACAUCACCACAUGGGCCUUCCCCAUCAUCUCCCUCCCCAUCAACCUGUACAUUUCCUACCUCGGCUUCCGCUUCUACGUGGACGCAGACCGCCGGAGCUCAAGGAAACUGUUCUUCUGCAGCCUGUGGCACCUGCCCCUGCUGUUGUUGCUCAUGCUCACCUGUAAGCAGCAGCCAGAUGGAGAGGGGAACAAGGGAGAGGCUCCAAGCUGAACGCUAGCUGACAUGUGGGGAGCGUGAGAGCAGACACGUGCAGACAGACACACAGCACUGCCCUGCGCCGGUAGGGAGCGUACUGUGGUGACGCUGGCAUACAGAAGGAGAAAUGGAUGGAUGGGGGCAGAUCAACCGGUGCUGUGUUGUCACUUAACAGUUCUUUUUAUGUUACUAUCCAGACUGCCUCCUGGAUGAGAAAGGGACUGGCAGAGCACGUCAAUACCAAGAGAAUGGUUUUCUCCUCAAAGGUCUUUAUACGUCUUUCCCUCCAGCCCCGUGUUCUCCCGCCCACAUGAUGUACAUGCACAGCUUCCCCCUCCCGACACACACACACAUGCACACAUACUCACCACCUGAAGACCACAGUGGCCAUUGGUCAAACAGGUGGGUGCUUGUAACCCAGCCUCUGUAGUUCUAGAUCCUGAGGCUGCCUCAGAAGAACACAUACUGUGGCUACGGCACCCCUUCUCUGCCAUGGAGAUGGGGCCUGACUAGCUCUCUCCUCCCAGCAUUCUCAACCACAUAGUCCCUCAAGUUACGGAACACCCAGCACGGCCUGCACAUCGGGAGUGAGGAUUCCGAACGGUUGCCUGCAGCAUCCCAGGCUGCACUGCCACCACCUACCAUCACCCCCCAUCACUCCAUCACUCCCACCACAUCAGGACUUCAGAAACACCUGGAAAUACAAAGUGUCUUCAUCACUUGCUCACUUUGAAGUAUAGGCAUGGUCUGAGCUUUCUGGAAGGGCGGCACUUGGCAUAAUCCCAGAACCCCCUCAGGCACUGAGCCCACCACAGUACCACUAUAGCUGUGCUGUGGCUGUCUGGAUUUUACUGAUGGCCUUCUUGGGACUGAAUGGGAGAGAGAGCAAGCUGGGCCAGUAGCCAGCCACUCUGUGCCCAUUCUUAUCACUUUUGUGUAAACAGCAUUUCCGCUCUGGUGUCUCCUGAGUCCGGAAGUUCACCUCUGUGUGUCCAGUGGUAUUCAAAGAGGGCCAUUUGGGCUCCUCGUGGCCAUGGGUCCAGUUCUGGGGAUUCAUGGCCUCUGAUACAAAAUGAAGUCAUCUCUAAGUCAUCCGCCUUCUGUGUGCUUCUCCAGGUCCACAGAGAGGCCUGUUGCCUUAAAGCUGUGGCGCUUGGCAGGGUGUUUGAGUUCCUCGGUCUCCCAGGAUGCUGUGCCCUGUCAGGAUUUCCUCAAGGGGUUUAAGCCACAUGAAAACAGUUCUUGAAUUUGGACUGUGCUCUCAAAAAUGUAGAAGGCUUGAGUUGUGGCCCAAAGGUGGAGAACACUUGCUUAGCCGUGCUCUGGGCAGGGGGUUUGAUCUCAAGCCCUCCCUCCCCACCCUUAAAAAAAAGAGAGAGAGAGAGGUUGAGAAAUGGGGUGUGGUGGGGUGGCAUCUAGAGUGACUGCAGAUCAUGUGCCUGGUACCUCUUUCUGCCUGUGGCGACAUUACCUCCUGGCUGUGUCCUGGCCGUUUACUGCGGUCAUAGGGAAUGGGGAUGUCUGCAAAGGGCGUCUAUGGUUUGUCACAGCCUUUAAGUCUGUAAAGUGUGCUGGUUCUCCUCCUCCUGCAAUAAAACAGUUAGAAGAA